AACCCAAACCGGCUGUUAUGGCAUUUCAAAGCUUCCCCCUGCUCGGCCUGCUUAUCCUUGUCGACUUGCUGGGUCGAUCUGGGGGUGCUGCACUGAGUAAUGAUUCCUCAACUUCACUAAACCGAUACAGUUUUCCAGCAGGCUUUGUUUUUGGGGCGGCAUCAGCUUCUUAUCAGUUUGAAGGUGCAGCUAAACAAGGUGGUAAAGGCCCCAGUAUAUGGGAUACUUUCACUCACAAAUAUCCAGGCAAAAUAGCAGACCGAAGUAAUGGAGACGUAGCCAUUGAUUUUUAUCAUCGUUACAAG